GGCGUGCGUGGGGGCGUGUGGAGGGAGCUCGCUCUCUCUCUCUCUCUCUCUCUCUCGCUCCGGGGGGGCCAUGUCUCGCUCGUUCUCUGCGUCGGAGGUGCGCGGGCGGUGCGCGGGGGGCGCGUGCCUGGUGCUGUCCGGGCGGCGGGUCUUCGACGUGUCGUCCUUCGUGCGGCUGCACCCGGGCGGGGAGGAGGCGCUGCGGGCCCGCGCGGGGACCGACAUCCGCGACGCCCUCGACGGGCCCCCCCACCGACACUCCCCCCACGCGCGCCGGUGGCUCGCCCAGUACCUGGCCGGGGAGAUACGAGACGGAGAAGGAGACGCGCGCGAGGAGGAGGAGGAACAGGACCACGUGGAGCGGUGGGAUUCUGCCGUGACGGCUGCUGCUGCCAAAAUGAUGGAUCCCAGGUGCAAAGCCGUGGAUGAAGCAACGGACCUGGUGGACUGGCGGAAGCCUCUUCUGUGGCAAGUGGGCCAUUUGGGGGAGAAGUACGACGAGUGGGUCCACCAGCCGGUCAACCGGCCCAUCCGCCUCUUCCACUCGGACUUCAUCGAGUCCCUCUCCAAGACCGCAUGGUACAUGGUGUGCAUCGUCUGGAUCCCGCUGGUGCUGUAUCUCACCUGGUCGUGCUACACAUCCCUGGCGCGGGGAGAGACGCGGCUCUUUGCCACCUUCACCACAGCCUACUCCAUCCCCGUCCACCCGUACUGCUUCCCGCUGCUCUUUGUGCUGGGCAUGGGCAUCUGGUCCUUCCUGGAAUACUUCAUCCACCGCUUCAUCUUCCACAUGAAGCCGCCCGCCAGCAACUACUACCUGAUCACCAUCCAUUUCCUGCUCCAUGGGCAGCAUCACAAGUCUCCGUUUGACGAUUCCCGCCUGGUCUUCCCUCCGGUCCCAGCGUUCCUGGUCAUUGCCUUCUUCUACGUUUUCGCCAACACGGUUUUCCCCGAGGCGUUUGGGGUCUCCCUCUUCACGGGGGGCCUCUUUGGCUACGUCACCUAUGACAUGAUGCACUAUUACCUGCAUUACGGGUCGCCCAAGAAAGGCACCUACCUCUACCGGCUGAAAUCCUACCACGUGAAGCACCACUUCGAACACCAGAAAGCAGGCUUCGGCAUCACCAGCACCUUCUGGGACCGUCCCUUCCGGACGCUCAUCCCGAAAGAGACCUUCGGGAAACAGGACUAGCCCGCCCGCCCGCCCGCCCGCCUUGGCUCCUCCGCUUGAUGCUCCGUUGACUUUGUCCGCUCCUGCUCUCUGGUUGAAGGGCAGCACGGCUCGGACCCCGGAGGAGGACUCUCUUCGGACCUCGGACUCCGGCAAGACUGUUGGGACUCGUUGCCGAAAGGAACCAGCUUUGCCCCUUCCAGUUGGGUCUGGCCAAGAUAUUUGGAUGCGCCCAAAGAACCAAGCCGAUCCGUGCCGUCUCCGUGUGUGUGCAAGGAUGCUUUUGCUUUUGGAGCGGCCUUCUCGGAGGACUCGCACCCCGAGGUUUAGACUUGUCCCUGCAGGUGAAUUGUCCGGUUGUUGUUCUUGGUGGUGGUGAGGGGUUGCAGGGCGGGUGACCCUUCUACACCGACCCUUUCACACCAACAACAAGGCUCCGUUUGACCCGUCACCGGCUUGGUUUUCCUCUCCGGCCGAAUGCACAAAAGGCGUCAGGGUUUAUCGACGGCGAUCUUCCCCAAAUGGCCACGAAUCUGCAAUUGUUUACUAUUGGAAUCAUGCAUGAUGGGAUUUGUAAUCCAAAUAGAUUUGGAAAGCCGUUUCGCACCAUUUCUCCAAAAUAACUACAAGGAAUAAUUUCCGCCAUAACUUUCACGCUAGGAAACCAAAUCAUUGCAAAUCCUGAAAUGUAUUACUAUUGGAAUCAUGCAUGAUGGAAUUUGUAGUACAAAUAGAUUUGGAAAGCCAUUUCGCAAAAUUUCUCCAAAAUAACUGCAAGCCAUAAUUUCUGCCUUAACUUUCACGCUAGGAAACCAAAUCGUUGCAAAUCCUGAAAUUGUUUACUAUUGGAAUCAUGCAUGAUGGGAUUUGUAGUCCAAAUAGAUUUGGAAAGCCGUUUCGCACCAUUUCUCCAAAAUAACUGCAAGCCAUAAUUUCCGCCAUAACUUUUAUGCUAGGAAACCAAAUCAUUGCAAAUCCUGAAAUGUAUUACUAUUGGAAUUAUGCAUAAUGGGAUUUGUAGUCCAAAUAGAUUUGGAAAGCCGUUUUGCACAAUUUCUCCAAAAUAAUUGCAAACCGUAAUUUCUACCAUAACUAUUAUGCAAGGAAACCAAAUCGUUGCAAAUCCUGCAAUUGUUUACUAUUAGAAUCAUGCAUGAUGGAAUUUGUAGUCCAAAUAGAUUUGGAAAGCCGUUUUGCACAAUUUCUCCAAAAUAAUUGCAAACCGUAAUUUCUACCAUAACUAUUAUGCAAGGAAACCAAAUCGUUGCAAAUCCUGAAAUUGUUUACUAUUAGAAUCAUGCAUGAUGGGAUUUGUAGUCCAAAAAGAUUUGGAAAGCCAUUUCCACAAUUUCUCCAAAAUAACUACAAGGAAUAAUUUCCGCCAUAACUUUCAUGCUAGGGAACCAAAUCGUUACAAAUCCUGCAAUUGUUUACUAUUGGAAUCAUGCAUGAUAGGAUUUGUAGUCCAAAUAGAUUUGGAAAGCCAUUUCGCACCAUUUCUCCAAAAUAACUGCAAGCCAUAAUUUCCGCCAUAACUUUCACACAAAGGAACCAAAUAGUCGCGAAUCCUGCAAUUGUUUACUACGCAUUGCUUUGUUUGGGGAUAACAGAUACAUUCGGGGAAGAAAAUAAUCUAUAGAGAACUGCUUGGAAGUAACAUAAAAAGGAAUGAGAAACACUUGCCUGUUUGCAAAUGCAGGCGUUUGGAGGGCACAGUUCUCAUUAACACAAUUGCCUUGUUCCAAAUGUUCUUCUCCUCUUGGUUAAUUUUUUUCCAAAUUUUAGUAAUAUUUCCUCUUCUUCGCUGCUGUUUUUUUCCUGACUCGUCAGCAUCUAUUCCCAUUGCAUCCACAUGGUGGAUUUGAUGCGGUUUUGCACCACUUUUCAAUGCUAUGGAAUCCUGGGAGCUGUAGUUUUACAAGGCCUUUUUCCUGCCAAAGAAGGCUGGGACUUUGCCCGUUCCCAGGAUCCCAUAGCAUUGAGCUUGGACGCUCAAAGUGGUAUCAAACUGUGUUAAUUCUGCAGUGUAGAUGCACCCGAAGUGCCCCUAUCUCCAUUCACUGUUAGGUGAAGUUUCCCAAAAAAGGCCACCCAGCUGAGUUCUUGCAAUGAAGCCGAGUUGCCUUUCAAUAUGUGACAUUUUGCAAGGAGGGCCUUGGUUUUGCUUUCCGUCCGUCCUGCCUCCUUUUAUAUUCUUGGGAACCCAAUCCUUUGCAUAGCAAUUAAUAGGCUACCGGUUGCGCAUUGUACCAAUUAAUUGCACAUCAUGUUUGGCAAUCGUGCACAUUGCCAAAAUGCAACCUUUAUGUUCCCAACGAUGGCUGUCUGGAAACCACUCUGUGCAGUUUCCCGGGAGCGUUCCGCUUUUGCAACCUGUGCGUAUUAUUAUUAUUAUUAUUAUUUUGCGGUGUUUUAGUUUGCACUUCUAUGCGCUGCGUCCCGACCUCGUCAUAUACAUCUUGCUUCUCAUCCUUUAAGGAAACGGGGCCUUAUAUUUACAGUACGUGUGCCUUAACUGGAGCUCAUGACUCGGCAGAAAUAGCCAAACAAUGUGCCGACUGCCGAACCCAACUGAGAUGCCAAAGAGAGCAAACGGGUGUGUUGCCGUUGUGUAUUUGUUUAUUAGAUAGGAAUCGAGCUGCUAUUUAUUUUCAAGGCAGGGCUGGUUGUGUUUCUCCAAAGCCAUAAUGAAACCAGCCUUGAAGCCACUAUCCAAAGAGUGGGGCCUGUUUUGGAGACGGGAUGCAAUGCUUGGCACUGCUGAGGCUGGAUGGCCAUCUGUUGAGAGGGCUUUCACUGUGUCUUCUUUAACAGCAGAAGGGGUUAGACUAGAUGCCCUUUGGGGAUCCCUUCCAAUCCUAGAACCCAGAGCCAGACGACCUCUCCUCUGACUUUGAAGCCAUGGUACCGCCAUGUAAUCCGGUUCCCGAUCCCAUAUUAUCAUCUGCUUUGGACCGGAUUAUACGGCAGUGUAGACUCAUCUAAUCCAGUUCAGAGCUGGAUCAGAAUCUGGAUUAUACGGCAGUGUAGACUCAUCUAAUCCAGUUCAGAGCUGGAUCAGAAUCUGGAUUAUAUGGCAGUGUAAAAUCAUCUAAUCCAGUUCAGAGCUGGAUCAGAAUCUGGAUUAUAUGGCAGUGUAAAAUCAUCUAAUCCAGUUCAGAGCUGGAUCAGAAUCUGGAUUAUAUGGCAGUGUAAAAUCAUCUAAUCCAGUUCAGAGCGGGAUCAGAAUCUGGAUUAUAUGGCAGUGUAAAAUCAUCUAAUCCAGUUCAGAGCUGGAUCAGAAUCUGGAUUAUAUGGCGGUGUAAACUCAUUUUAUCCAGUUCCAACCCAGAUCAGAAACUGGAUUAUAUGGCGGUGUAGACUCAUCUAAUCCAGUUCAAGGUGGAUCAGAAACUGGAUUACAUGCCAAUGUAGACUCAUCUAAUGCAGUUCAAAGCCGGAUCAGAAACUGAAUUAUAUGGUAGUUCAGACUAAUCUAAUCCAGUUCAAGAUGGAUCAGAAACCGCAUUACAUGGCAGUGUACACUCAUCUAAUCCAGUUCAGAGCCAGAUCAGAAACUGGAUUAUAUGGCAGUAUAGACUCAUCUAAUCCGGUUCAAAGCCGGAUCAGAAACUGGAUUACAUGGCAGUGUAGACUCCAGGUCCGCCUUAUGCUACGAAGGGCGUUCUGUUGCUCUCCUUAGGUGUGUCUACACUGUAGCCUUAAUCCUGUUUGAGACCACUUUUAAUUGCCAUGGAUUUAUGCUAUAGAACCCUGGGAGUUGUAGUUUGACAUGUCCUUUAGCUUUAUCCUUCGGGAGAGAUGAAGUGGGAUAUAGAUGAAUUAAUACUAAUCUACCAAGCAGUGACUUCCCCCUCACCAAACUACAACUCCCAUCUGCUAGGAGUGCUUUGAUUGUGCUUUUCCUGUGUGGCAGAAGGAGGAAGGAAUAGAAAGUCUCUGGGGUUGUCCCUAUUAUUAUUAUUAUUAUUAUUAUUAUUAUUAUUAUUAUUAUUAUUAUUAUUAUUACAAUGGCUGGGUGGCCAUCUGUCUGGAGUGCUUUGAUUGUGCUUUUUCUGCAUCACAGAGAGAGGAUGGACUAGAUGGCCCCUGGGGUUGCCCCUAUUACUAUUACGUUAUCAUUAUUAUCAUUGCAAAGGCUGGGUGGCCAUCUGCCAGGAGUGCUUUAAUUGUGCUUCUCGUGUGUGGCAGAAGGAGGAAGCAAUAGAAAGUCUCUGGGGUUGUCAUUAUUAUUAUUAUUAUUAUUAUUAAUAUUAAUAUUACAAUGGCUGGGUGGCCAUCUGCCAAGAGUGCUUUGAUUGUGCUUUUUCUGCAUCACAGAAAGAGAAUGGACUAGAUGGCCCCUGGGGUUGCCCCUACUACGGUACUAUUUUGUUGUUGUUCUUCAUAUUAUUAUUUCUACUAUUGCUACUAUUGCAAAGAAUGGAUGGCCAUCUGCCAGGAGUGCUUUGAUUGUGCUUUUCCUGCACAGCAGAAAGAGGAUGGACUAGAUGGGCUCUGGGGUUGCCCCUAUAAUAAUAAUAAUAAUAAUAAUAAUAAUAAUUAUUAUUAUUAUUAUUAUUGCUACUACAGUGACUGGGUGGCCAUCUGUCUGGAGUGCUUUGACUGUGCUUUUCCUGCAUGACAGAAGGAGGAUGGACUAGAUGGCCUCUGGGUUUGACCCCAUUACUAUUAUGUUGCUAUUUUUAUCAUUGCAAAGGCUGGGUGGCCAUCUGUCGGGAGUGCUUUGAUUGUUCCUUUCUUGCAUGGCAAAAGGAGGAUGGACUAGAUGGCCUCUGGGGUUGCCCCUAUUACUGUUUUGUUGUUAUUAUUAUUAUUACUACUACUACUACGAUUGCAAAGACUGGAUGGCCAUCUUCCGGGAGUGCUUUGAUUGUGCUUUUCCUGCACGGCAGAAGGAGGUUGAACUAGAUGGCCCCUGAGGUUGCUAUUAUUAUUAUUAUUAUUAUUAUUACAAUGGCAGGGUGGCCAUAUUCCGGGAGUGCUUUGAUUGUGAGAAGGCUCUUAUUUUUGGACUACCGAUCCCAGAAUCCCCCAACACGCCUCCAAGCCCUCCCUACAGAUGGCCAUCCAACCCUAGGGUCCUAUAUCCCUUCCCUGCAGGGUUUCUAAACACAGGAGCCUAUGAUCCAAUGUUCAAACUCCCUUCUGCCGUGGGGAAAGACACAAUCAAAGCCCUCCCGACAGAUGGCCAUCUGGCUCUAGGGUCCUAUGAAGGAAUGUUCCUUCUCUGCAAGUUUCUAAAAUAUAGGAUGCUAUGAUAAAGCGGGGUAUAGAUAAAUAAUAAUAAUAAUAAUAAUAAUAAUAAUAAUAAUAAUAAUAAUAAUAAUAACAACAACAACAACAAUAACAACAACCACAUAAUAAUAUAACAUAGUAGUAGUAGUAAUAAUAAUAAUAAUAAUAAUAAUAAUAAUAAUAAUAAUAAUAAUAGGGCUGGAAGGGACCCCAAAGGUCAUCCAACCCUAGGAUCCCAUGUGCCAAUGUUCCUUCUCUGCAAGUUUCCAAAGCAUAGGAUCCUACGAUCCAAUAUUCUAAUUCCCUUCUUCCAAGGAGAAAAGCACAAUCCGAUCCCUCCCGCCGGAUGGCCAUCCAGCCUCUGUUGAAAAACUCCAUUGGGUUCCCAAGAAGCAGUGGCAUUAAAUUCUUUAUUGCAGCGUUUUCAAGGAAAGCCAUUGCAAAGAAAAAAUCCCCGAAUUUAGGCGUUUUUCUGCCUCGUCUAAUGGAAAUAAAAGGGAACGCAAUGAUAUGAAACUCAAGGGAAACUUGUAUAUAGACUGUGUAUAUUUUUUGGGGGAAAAAACAGAGUUCUCUAUAAAUGUAAAGCUUUGAACCAUAA